AGUGAGAUGAGAACUGUCAAAGUGUCAAAUCAAAUAUUCGAGAUCGGAAAUAAAUUGAUUAAAUGAUAAAAUGGAAACAAAUGUCGUAAUUUAUUAUCAUUUGCCUCUAAAUAUUAUUUAACAUGUGAAAUGUGUUAGUGUCUUAUAAAAACAUCAAAAUGGAAAAUGCGACUAGAUCGUUUGUCGAUCCAGUGGCGGUGAGAUGGAAUUCAUCGUCGAUAGAUUUCGCAGAGAUCACGAUGGAUCGAAACUUCGCCUUGUUACUGGUGUCCCUGAUAUCUGCCAUCCUCUGGGUCGUUUAUAUAACGUACUACAACAGUCGAGUGCUUGGAUAUAUACUUACUAGACUAAUCAACAAAUUCUACUUUCAAGAUGAGAACUUUAAGAUUGGUUCCUUCACCCUCAAUGCACUCUCUGGCAAGAUCAUGUUCCGCGACAUUGUGUAUAUCAACUAUGACUAUACAUUACGCAUACAAGACGGUUACUUGAUAUUCAGAUGGUGGCGGUCUUAUGUACCUAAAGAUGUUUCAGAAGAUUUAUCGCAUUCAGACACUCGACUAUCAAUAAUGUUGAAUGGCUUCGAAUUACACUUCUACAAUAGAUGCGAGCUUUACAAUGAACUAGAGAAAACAUUUGGCCUUGAGCCUGUAAUAAAAGAACGGCAUGACGACGAUUCCACCGAUCGCGACAAAGCUAUGAACGACGCAAACGAGAAGCGCAGGCGCGCUCAAGACACAGUACGCUCGGAGGCAGCUAUGGCCAGGACCUGGCGAGAUCUCAUUCCAGUCAUAAAGAUCGAUGUUUGCACCAGCCGUGUUGUUUUCGGCAAUAAACUUGUUCCAACAACAUUAUCAAUAAGCGUUGAGGAAGCACACUUGGUCUAUAGUACUAAACCACCAGCUUCCAGUUUGGAUCAUCUGAUGCAUUUUGUGAAAGUUAAAGCCGAAAAUUGCAAAGUUAUCUUGGCUCCUAGUCCAAACUAUACAGCUAUGGUUGACGAACCACCGCGAUACAUGGGAGAAGGUUUUGUAGUUAUGAGCUCUAAUUAUAUUGAGGUUUACUUCUAUAUGGAUGAACCAGGUUUGGUGCCAGAGCAGCCCGUGCUUUUGCAGUUAGCUAAUGGAGACAUCGUAGAGUCGGCGCCGCCUAUUUGGGGUGUUGAUAUCAAAUGCGGGAAGGGCACUGAUUUCAGUUACGGACCGUGGGCAGAUAGACAAAGAGACCAUCUCUUUAAAUUCUUCUUUCCACCUAAUUACAAAUCCCUAGAAGUGACACCACAACCAAAACCUGGUGACAGAAGACAAAUGCAGUCUUUUGAUAUUAGACUUUCAACACUUAAUGAAGCCACAAUUGACAUUCUAUUUACGAAGAACAAAGAAACAAAUGCCGUUCACAUCAAUGUUGGUGCCGGAUCAUAUAUGGAGGUGACUCUGCCAUGGAUAGUGCUGCAAGACGGAUACACAACUAAAAUAACGGGUCAACUUCUUCACUUGGAAGCAACAACGAGCCUUCAAUAUAGAAGCUUAGCAGAGAGCGAGACAUUGGAAUAUACUGUCAAAUGUCAUUAUCCAUUAGUUUGGAAUCAUCAUCAGUGCUGGCAGUUGUCACUGACCGGCUGCAAAGCUACAGCUCACUUUGUGUACACCCACAUUGAUUUCUUUCAAGAUCUGAUCAAUGAUUGGGCAAGCAAAGCCCGCCCUGAUAUUUUACACUUCAUUCCUUACACAUGGAAGAUUUCACUAUUGUUGAAAGAAUGUGAAGUAUUAACAUUGAGCAAUCAACACAAUUGGAUCGACUGCAGCUCUACAAACCAGGAAAACAAUCAUGUUGCCUUCUGCGGGGACUUGUUGGAUGUUUCAUUUGAUUUACCUUUCAUUGAUUUUUUGCCGGAUGUAAUACCUCUCAAGAUUUGGGUACAAGGCGAAGCCGUAGACAUGAGUCUAUACCUACCUGAAGUUAACACUUCAAGAUUGCUCCUACUGUCAAUUGACAAGAACAUGAAGUUGCUUCCCUGUCGAUUAAAAGCUUCAAAAUGGCGUAGGAAAUGUGUAAAAAGUCAGGGCUGGGUAGAUUGUUGGUCCGUCCCUAUUGUGGCGUUGAGCGUCAGAUACAACUACCACCCGAUUCCACCAUUUGGACCAGAGCCACAAGCUGAUAUUACAACGCCGGAGAAAGAAGAAAUCCUUCUUUCACCCAUGAGAAUACCAAGAAUGAGAAAGCAGCCGCAAAUGAAUUGGGCUAUUGAUGGAAACACAUUUGAUCGGACUUCGCUGCCACCAGACAAAGUGAGUGUAGAACUGGAAGUAGGACCUUCCGUUCUUCUUGCGUAUGGAACUAUAAUCACAAGUUUUAUGAAUUUACUAGAAAAUAUUUUCGGUGAAGACCAGAGAUUCACUGACAUGCAAAAAUCGCCGAACGUAGAAAGCUUCUUCUGGUUUAAUGAUAACCCUGUAAAAGUAAACGACAGGAGUAGCAUAAAUCAACAUGUUGAUGUUUGCAAUUUGGACGACUCCAGCGAUUCUGGCAAAGAGCCUUUCGACCCCCGCCGCUGUCGGCCUCUAGAUGUGUCCGUGUCUAUUAUUAUCCACGACAUUCAAGCACAUUUGGUGAAAAAUUGUAGCGAAAACGAACCCCCGUGUCCUGUUGUGCUCAUUGAAAGAUUCGGAUUCGAAAUGGACAAAAGGUUUAGAGAAACUAAGCUCCAGCUUUUACUCAGCCCUUCAAUUCUCAUAUCGUCCAAUAAUUUAUCGAGGCCCAAUGCAAAUGCUUCCGGCGCUCUUCAACAAGGACAUUUAAUGCUAUCGUCUUUUCAACUUCGCGGUAACGGUUUCUUCAGUGACGCCAAUCGCUCCGUGGAAGAAGAUACUACAGAGUAUGCGUGGAUGAUGGAGUUGCAGCUUGGUCAACUGACAGGUCGUUUAACCCUGCCACAGCUCUACCAGAUUGUUUCAUCUCUCGAGACGUUCUUAUUACUUAUUUGCGACAGCGAAAACGAGUUGGUACCUCCAAAUGCUGUAAAGCAAUGCCAUCAUGGCUUAAACAAUGUUCUAUGUCCAGAAACAGACUUAGCUCUGAAAUAUCGUUGCCCUUCCCCGAACGAAAUCAAAUAUCGCAUGAUCCGAGUUGCGAUCGACCUCAUAGAUAUUUACAUUGCUGACUCAAAUACGACACUUCAGUCGUGGAUAUCCCCAAUUAGAUUAUCCUUCUGUAAUCUCCAUGGAUCUGGUUUUGGCACUGGCAUUACCGGCUUGCUCCCGAACAUAAAGCUUGCGUUAUAUACGCAAACAAACAUGCAAACUAAUACUCACCAUCAUUCCAAUGGCAGUGCUAACAGCCAAAAUAAAACAACUGAAAGUGAGAAUUGGGUAGGUGUAGGAUCCGUAUCACUUGGACCGGUGUUAAUUGAAGCGGCUUCUUCGCUGCCCCAAACUCCGAGAAAUCUGCAUUUAGUACAACAAAAGUUCCUCAAACUUCACGAUGAUAAAACUAAAAGGCUGUGGUUCCUGUGGCCAAAUGAAGGCAAGAGCACUCAGUGCGGAUGCACAGGUGGUUGUGCAUUUUUCGGCUCAAAUCGAAACGGGCCGAAUUUCCUAAAGCCGACGCAAUCAGAUAUCCACGAAGGCAUCAAUGUAGCCAUGUUCAACGUCAUAGAAACGACGCCCGGAGAAUAUGGCUACGGACAGAGCUUGUUGCACCCAGGGCAACUGGUGUUCCACACCCCGCCGUACAAUAGUUUGAAUGUAUGCUUGCAGCCGACAAACGUUGCCACUUUGAUUCCUUCGCCUUUACCACAAGCAUUGAACAAGUCGCCUCAAAGCAUUGAUCGACGAAGUUUGACAAGAAGGUUCUCUUACACGAGUAUGGGUAAAGGUAGUAACAAUGUGCUGGUUUCAAGCACCAAAAGUGACGUUCCAUACGCUCGCCUAGUAGACACUACAGUGCCUUUAGGAAGUUCUAAAAUUGAUAGUGACUCAAAACUCAAUAAGAGUAUCCUCAAUGUUCCUCAAAUGGAAAGUAGUGUUUCAGAUUCUAAAUUGGCCCUCAGCUGCGCCGUUAAAGACAGCACAAAUGGAUUAUCCAAAAAGUCUGUAGUAACUGAAAACGAGGUGUUUGCUGCUCCUAAAGUACCAGCAAGAAGCGUUGCCGUAUCGGAAUCUCAUUAUUCCCUCAACUCACAACCUCCUCACGAGGAAUCACUAUCUCAAGAAGUCCAAAGAGCGAUGUCGAUCACUAGUGAAAAUCAUUCCGAAGCGUUCUUCUCGGCCGACGAAGACAUGUUCCCGAGUCGCUCAUCAAGCUUAAAACAUUCGUUCGGAAGUCGCCACAGCAAUCCAAAAGAGAAGAGUUCAUUCGGCAUAAACGAUGUAACGAAUGAAAAAUGGACUAAUUCAAUUCCCAGAUCAGAAGUGGUGGAUGGCCGCGACACUAUUAGCAAUAUUAGCACCGGCAUGCAACCGGAUUCCGAAAGUGGAUCUGUUUCCUCUACUUCAUUUAUUUCUGCAAUUUCUUCACAAGAAGAUAUGACACUUGUUAACCUUCAUAUGCAAACUAAUAAACCUAUAGUGGAUUCGCCUUUACUCAUGGCCAGCUACAUGCAUAAUCUGCCACAGUACAAAUGCUCUAAUUGGUCCACGUGCUCUUUGCCCUGCGGUAGAGACGCCUUCACAUUGCCGCUUUUCAAAAGAGCUGAUGACGGCUCUUUAGUUUACAUUGGUCAGAAAUAUUUGCCUGAUUUCGAACCAACAGGUAAGGUACAUAUUUUAAAACUGAUUUCCAAGAAAGAUGGACACAAUGCCCAAAAUCAACACGCCCCUUUCUCCAAUUUGACGCCACAUUUCAAUUCUCAAGUCAAAGCUCAUCCCUAUCCUCAAGCCUGGUGGGAGCUCCAGCAAAAUGUGCAAGACAACCAAGAGAACGUUACAGACAGGAGUACGACAUCCAUUGCUACUACAACAAGCGACAGUAAAAGUGGGCUGUUUGUGAAACUGCGUGGAGAAAUUGAUGUGAUGCUGACACCUCUAGUGUUGGAAAGCACUCAAAAAUUUGUCGAAUCUUUAACACCGGUUUUGGCUAACAUUCACCCGAUAACCGUGAUCAAUCACUUGCGACUGCUUUGCAUUUCGUCUGUAGAGCGCGCUAAUAUCCUGAAACAGAAACAGUAUGUCUUGAACUGGUUGCCGCAAGUGCAAGCUCACAAUCAGUCUAAUAUCAUACCUAAUAAAGAUGACAAGUAUAAACAAAUUCCGACUGUUCCGCAACCGAACGUGUACGAAGAAACAAUAUGCGAACAACUACAAGCAACUGUAACGGUACCAAAAGUUAAUGUGAUAUUUAUCCAGUCAUCUGUAGUGGAGGAUAUGAUCUCUUUUUCAGCUUUAGAUAACAUACAGGAUUUGACGUGUGUGUCACUUUUCGGAUUGUCAGUAGAGAACAUAGUGGCGAAAUUCGUUAGUUCUAAAAAGACUUUGGAAUCUAUUCAGUUGUACUACAGACCUACUUUGCGUGCUCUUGUAAACAAGAAGUCGUUUGGUAUCAUGAAGGGGCCACGGGCGUUUAUCUCCGCACAGUCUUCGGGAUCUGGACGAAAGAGAGGACCAGAGAAAGGCGAACCGGUGUUUAUAGAAACAUCACAACAACAGUGUGAAGACACCACUAUCACAUUGAACAUUGGUAAAGUUCACGGACAGCUGCGACGUAUACGCAACGAGUCAUCCCAGUUAAAGGAUGCAACUGUAACCGGCAUUCCAUGUCAACAUUCCAAAGUGUGCUUCAAGUUUACUAAAAUUGACCCUUGCAGUAAGGGAUGUGACACUACGUGUUGCCAAAGUGGUGCAACGGAAAGCCAAAAGGAAAGUUCAGUCGGCUUCAUAAUGUUUGAAUGUGGGCUUGAAGGUGUAGCUAUCAAAGUAUCUCAACACUCCCAGUCCCAGAAAGCGAACGAGGAGAAAAAGCCACCUCGGAACGAUAACGAAAGUUGUCGCGAAUCCGUCAAAUCCGCUGAAGAACUCAAACCUGAUAAAGAGAAGACUAACAAGGGAUACAGGACAUCGGGAAUUGAAGACCUGUUUAG